CAGGUGGGUCGUUCCGUGGGACGGUCUGAUUGGGCUGAUGUGGGGAAGCGCGUGCGCGUGGCUAUAGCCGUGGCACUGUUUGCCGGUGCUCUGUGUGGAGGGACUCUGUGGGCUGUCUCUGAGAAAGUAUACGACAACAUGCACCUAGACGAACACGUACGGGCGUUGGCACGUCCUUACUAUGCCCUGCGUGUCUUCGGCGUACCGUUCAAGUUCAUGAAUAAUGUUGUGAUGGGAGUACUGGGCGGUUAUCAGCGGUUAGAGGCUGUGGGUUUUCUAUCGGUCACCGUCGCCGUGGUGCAGGUGAUUGGCGAUCUCAUAGCCCUCAAGUGGAUUAAUAUGGGACUUACUGGUGUGGGUGUGUCGUCGCUAGUCAGUCUGAUCUAUGGUGCAGUGCUUGGGUUACUGCUGAUUAUCUGGCUACCGCCGCCCGAGGCGGAUGGGGUCAUCCGACUGCUCCCCUCGUUCCUGGGUGGUAAUGAUGAUCACCACCACUAUGGAUUGCGGGUGGUUGUGAGCGGGUGGGGACCAUUAAUCGACUGGUAG